UUAGGUUACUUCUUAUCAUAGCGUCUUUUCGUAUUUCUUAUUAAAAUACCAAUAAAACUAUUGUAAAAGCGUUUAAUUAUCCCGCUGAGUGCUUACGGCUGUUGCUUUAAAUUUGCAGUGUACGUAAUAAAGCGGCGAUUGUCGUAUAAAAUCAGUACGAUAUUUUUGUUACCGUCCCAAUGAAAAUGGGUAAAAAAGUACGUGAAUAUAAAGCAGGGGACUUCAUAUUUGCGAAAGUUAAAGGAUAUCCAGCAUGGCCUGCAAGGGUGCAACGAAUGAAUGGAAAGAAAUACUUUGUGUAUUUCUAUGGAACAGGAGAAACUGCCAACCUUCCACCAAAUAUGAUAUUUGACUAUGCUGAAAACAAGGAUAAGUUUUUAAAUAAAGCAGUUAAAAGGCGAGACUUCAAUGAUGGUGUGAAACAAAUUGAGUAUGACUUUGCUAAUAAUGUGCCACUGGAGCAAGUUAUUGGCGUGCCUCUUGAGGUCGAGGAAGGUGCAAAUGACACUGUCAAUGAGUCCGCAGCAAAUGAUACAGUCGAUGAGUCAAUGGCUGACACUACCGCUGUAGAUGAAACUAUGGCUGAGGAGAACACUACACAGAAUGAUACUGGAAUUGAAGACUCUGAUGAGACUGGUGCUCUAGUUAUCGAUGAGGGAAAGCAAGGUAAAACUGGCAAAAAGCCUACUCCCAAGACACCAGCGAAGGAGACUCCUAAGGCCAAGGAGCCGAAAACACCACGCGGAAGAGCAAAGAAGGACGAAGAAGCCAAGGAAGAACUAAAAGAAGAUGACAAUAAAAAAGAUGAGGAGUUAGUCUCCAGAAGCGGAAGGAAGAUUCGACCCAAGAGAUACAUAGAUGAACACACAGAAGAGAACACCACCCUACCCUCUUCAGCCCCCAAGAAACGCCGCGCGGCAUCACCAGUGGAGAAAGAUAAGGAAAACAAAGAAAAAGAUGGCAAAGAGAAGAAUAUCAAACAAUUCAAUGCUGUCACCCGGUCGGAGCUUGAAGAUUUAAAAGAGCCAUUUACAACAGAAGACCCAGAAAAAGAGAACAUUAUAAUCGCCUAUCUCCCAGCGGGUCAGUACAUCGGUAUAAAGUUGUUCCAAUCUCGACCCACCACCUUCAAGAAUGAUAGCGCCAGGUUGCAGUGGGAUAAGCAAGCGGCAAGGAAUGCGCUAACAUUAAAGUCACAGUUAGAAAAGGGUCACAUCACUCCACAGUCAGUACUUGCUCAACUGGUAAUGGACCUAAAUCUCACUGAUGAAGAAAAGGCCACGUUAGAUAAGGAUAGAGAGACAGAGGAAAAGAAAUCACGCGUGCAUUUCCUGAAAGUCGAAAUGAAGCUCAUAGAGCUAGACGCAAAAAUAAAGACGUGCCUUUGCCUGGAAAAAGCCGAUACGGAGUUAUGCUUGAAACUUCUUGAUGAACUAAUGGCACUGGAUAUUAAACCGCUGAUGCUGCUGAAACACCCGACCACCCCGGAGACGAUAAAGCGAAUGCGCGCUUACGUCGGCAACACCCCGUCCUGGGAGCUCACCGAGAACGCCGCUCUGCUGUUCAGCCAGCACGCGCACAAGAUACGCAAGCAGGCCGACAUCGUGUACGCCAACCUGCGGAAACUGUUCAAUACGCCAGAGGGUCUGUCGUUCUGGGAAUUUUUCACGGAACGGGUCGAGCAGUUCAAGAAGGCUACCGAAAAGUAUACGUCCGACGAGAUCUUGGAAAUGGUGCACGAACCGCUAGAAAUGUCUUUUGCUACUUCACACACGAUGAGGGCGGCAAUAGACGCCGCCAAUGAACAAGAGAAAGAGGAAGCGGACGAGGCUAAAAAAGCUAAACCUACACCAGCAAAAACUAAGAAAGUUAUAAAUAAUGGCACACCAAAAACACCAGCUAAACGACAAUCUUCCAGAAACAAACCAGAAGAGAAGGAUAAAGAAAAACCAAAUACAGAAGAAACCUCACAGGCCAAAACAGAACAGAGCCAUGUAGAACAGAAAAACGAAACAGAAUCUAAAGAAAUUGCCACAGAAGAGAAAGAAGUAGCAAAAGAUAAGAGAGAAAAAAAAAGUAAUAAAGAUAGUAAAUCAAAUAAAGAGGACAAUACUAUUAAGGACAAAGAUAGUAAAACCAACAAAGAGGACUCUAAAAAUAAAGAAAAAGAUAGUAAAGCAAACAACGAGGGCCAUAUAAUCAAGGACAAAGAUAGUAAAGCUAACAAAGAUGAUAAUAAAAGCAAAAGUAAAGAUAGCGAUGAUAAAGAAUUGAGAGAUACAAAUGACGAAAACGAUAGUGAAGUAAAAGAAAAAACGCCUGAAAAGGCAGAUGAGAGUACAGAUGAUUCUAAACAGGAAAGUUCAGUAGAAGUAGAGAAAAGUGAUAAUUUGAAAGAAAUUUCAAAGGAAACCGAUAAAGAUAGCAAGAGUAGUGAUAAGAAAAGUGAUAGGGAAGACAAGAGGGCAGAAAAGGAAAAGACAGAAGAUGAGCCUAGAGCAAAAAGGUCGAGAGAGAGCAAGAAGACUGAUCCGCCUCCACGUUCACCAACAAAAAGAAAGUCCAAAUUUUAACAAACAACCACACAAACAGAGGGUUCUAUUAUUAUAAAUACAGUCCACAACCGUGGUCGAAUGGAGAGGUGACACUGGGCGAGGUAACUUCAACGAAAAUCGCCCGUCGAAGAAACACCUCAAGAAAGCUAACAUCGACUAGUAAAGGACACUUUGUAGGGUAGUAAAGACACGAUAUACUUACCCACGUAUUUACAAUACUAUAAAGCCUCAUAGUGCAGCCAAAUUAUAAAAAAAAAAAAACAGUAAUUACGAAUGCAAGCUGGCGAUACUAACGUGGUCUACAAAGCGAGAGGGUGGAUAUCACCAAUUUACCGACUCUGGGCUGGUACUGACUAUAUCAAUUGUAUUUAUUCAUAUGUCAUAGGUUUUUUAUAAUUUUGUUUGAAUUUUGUUGUAAUACCCGACUUCUUGAGUGAAAAGCUCGGGUUAUGUCGGAUUCUUAUCAACUAAAACCCCCACGGUGGCCACUUUUAACAACAAUUGGGAAGCCCCGGGAUCUCCAAUGCCACCCUUGUGCGACGCCCAAAAAGCUCAUCCCGAGAGAAACGGUCCCCCGACCUUUUGUGCCUGGUGGGCACGGUAACAUGCCACAACAAGUUGCCAUCGUCCCGGGGGUCGAAUUGAGGUAUAUAAUAGGCCUACAGAAGGCACUUAAUACGGCGGUUGGCAGCGGCUCUGCCGAGUUUUAAUGAAGAUAAUUCCUAAUUCUAAUCGCCUAAUUCUGUUUGCGAAAAAAUCGUUAAGAUAUAAAAUUGCUGAAUUUUGGAGGUGCUCUCAUUAAUAGUGUUUGAAGAACUCACUUUAACUAUCUAAAGACUAUCAAUAAAAGCAUUAUCAGUAAAUAAAUUCUGACAAUAUUAUUACCUCAGUGCAAGCGUAUAUUAUCCUAUGUAAAGAGCAUACGAGUCAACUAUAUUCUAAACUUCCAGAAACAUUAUUUUUUAAUUUUGAUUUUCUUUAUUUUGUAAAUUGCCUUCUUCGUGUUUGGAUUUAUUAUUACUUAUAAGAAUUGGUAAGUGUAUCGUGUCGUAAAAUACACAUAUUUCGUUAAAUUUUGACAUAAAUAUUAUUUUGUAAACAACGUUGAAUAUGAAAUUAAGAAGUUGCAUUAACAAUUUUUGAGUAUGCAUGCUAUGAUGUUAAAAGUGUAAAGAGGUGGAUAAAUUAUACGCGCUUAGAACAUUUGGUAGUAGUAAAAAAUACCGCCUUAUCGCUUCUCUACUGAUGCAUCGAAACUACUUUCUAUUGAAGUAAUAUUAAUUAUCAUAUCAGAAAUGGGAUCCAUAGUCCACAAUUAUAGACAUAACACAAUGGAAUGGGCAUUAGAUCUACCCACCCACUUCUUUAUAACUGUAAUUUUAAUAAAUUACUAAUAACAUCAUUGCAUGCAUGGAAGUGCUUUUUUACUUUUCGUUAGAAUGAGUGAAACUCAUCGUAUUCGAAUAUGAGUUGUAGGUUUUAUUUAAGUAAAUCCUUAUUAUUUCUCGUGCGCAUUGUACGCAGCUCGCAUCGCAUCCAAAAAUGACAAUGUGUCUCAUAAUCAUCCUAAAUAAGCGCAAAAUUUUAAGUAAAUAGUGCGAAUGCGGUGCGAUAUGACGCGAUAUAUUUUGUUGUCGACGUGGCAUUGUUGCGUUCAAUUUAAAGAUUGGAAUCUUUAAAUUCCACCGUGAACUGAGUUCACUAAUUUGACAUGAAUGCGUGCUAGCACCCUUUGACCAAUAUCUCACUGGGACACCAUUUUACUGGUUACUUUAAUAACUCUCAUAUCUCUGGUAGCGUAACUAGUGAUCCGAGCAUGUUAGACGCCAAUUAGGACUAUACAUAUGUUUUAUCUAUUCAAAUUAUUGCGCCACUAAAUUGUUUGCGCAACCAAUCGGACUGCAGUAGGGCUAAUAUGCGCGUCUCGAGAUAGGUAAGAUGAUAUAUCUAUGCCCUACAAUUGAGAUACUCAACAAAAAGUUGCAUACAUUGAGUGCCAUUGCCAUUGAGUGCACCGCAAAUGGUGUCCUAGUGAGAUAGUGCCCUUAGUAUAUUAGAUUUUCAGGCAUGUAUACGAUUUCGAGUAUCGAAACACUGCAUUAUAAUAUGGUCGAAAUAAAAAGUACCGAAAGUUCCGUUUUCAAGUCGUAAAUUCUGUACUACAGAUUUUCACUGUUCAAACUUUCUACCAGGGGCGUUGGCUGUAAAAGUAUGAAAGAACUUAAAACUAUUCUUUACAUAAAAUAGAUUAGGUUAGCUUUUUACCCUGACGCUUUAUUGUUUCGAUAUUUGAAAACGAUUGCAAUUGUAAGCUUGUAUACAUAAGGGUAAACGAUUUAUGAAUCAUUGAUUUGUAAGCAUAUUAUAUUUAAUUUAACUUGACAAACAAUAAUGUUAUAUCUAUAGUAGGUAUAAACAAAAGUUUAGGACCCGUUUACAUAUAAGCUUAUUUUUCUGUAAAACUUUUUUGUGCAAACAAGAUGUGUCUUUGUGAAGUGUGAUCAAUGAGUGAAGCGUUUGGGAACUUGAGUAUCAUAACAUCUAUAAUAUUUAUUUAUUUAUUCCCAUAUUACAUUUUUGUCAUUACAGGAAAAAGUUAUCCUAAUACGACAAUGCAGCAUGUCAUGUAA